CUCACGUGCUUUCGGCAGAGUUAUAUUUUGGUGGGCGUGGAAUCUUGGAUGAGCAGCUUGUCCACCUCGUCCAUCCCACUCCAAUCCCAGGUGGAUGCAGCAUACUAAUAAUGUGAAGCUAUUAGAAGCGUCGGCUGUCAGCUGCAGUCUAUAUAAAGUCGCUCCCCUGUCUGAGCUUUCCCAGUCAGUCACCUUCAGAAGACAUCCACCACUUGCAAAUUGACUGGUACGGCGGAUGCUUGAACACCGCCGAUCAUGGUGAAAACGACCUCCUCCCGCCAGAAAGAGCGGUCCAAAGCUACAAUAUCUUCGACCCCUAAAAUCGUCGCCACCUCGCAAGUAUCCCGAUUCCACACAGAAACGGUCGAGACGCUUUCGAACGACCUCCAUCUCAAAGGGAUCAACCUAACCGUCGAUGAUCACCCCCUUCUUGUCGGCGCGGAGCUUAGGCUGUUCUCGGGUGUUCACUAUGGGCUGGUGGGCCAGAACGGCGUCGGAAAGUCAACCCUAUUGCGUUGCAUCGCCGACAAAUCUUUGAUUGGCAUUCCUGCAAACCUCAAAGUAUUAUACGUCGAGCAGAUCGAAGACGACGGCGCUUUAGUGGUCAACGGAAAACCCAAAUCGGUCCUUCAGAUUGUGAUGGACGCAAACAAAGAAGUCGUGAGAGCUCGACGGAACGCUCGCGAUCUUCAGCAAGCCCUGGAGUCACACGACCCAGCUCAACUCGUCAGAGCUAUGCGACGUUUGAAAUACGAACAGCUGGAAGACGAGCUGAGAGAGGCAGAUAAAACUGCCACUCACAGGAGUGGAGCGCGAGGUGCGGCUGCCCGGGAAGCUCUCAAAAAGGCUGAGAAGGCGAUUGAGGACGCCAAGAGAAGAAAGCUGGACGAUGGCGAUGCACCUUAUGAGGAUGCGGAGUUGUUUGACUAUCAGACGAACGCAUCCGUGUACCUCGCAGACUUCAUCACAACGCUUGAGCUGCAUGAUGACGGCGCCGUAGAAGGCAAGGCGAGGAAGAUUCUCAAUGGUCUUCGAUUCCCGCCGGAGUGGCAGGAAGGUCCCUUGGGGCAGCUCUCCGGCGGGUGGCAGAUCCGGGUGGCCCUCGCUUGCGGGUUACUGUACGAGCCAGAUAUUUUACUGUUGGACGAACCCACGAAUCACUUGGACCUGCCCGCCAUCCUCUGGGUCCAAUCCUAUGUCGCAUCUCUCGAGGACGUGACGGUGGUGACCGUCUCGCACGACCGAGCCUUCCUCGAUGCGGUUUGUACCGAAAUCAUAAUUUUUCGGCGCCAAACCCUCUCCUACCAUGUGGGAAAUUUCGAGGACUACCUUCAAAAUACGGAAGAGAAGUACCUGAACACCGUGAAGAGGGCUGACGCAGAGGAACGCAAAAAGACUGCUUUAGCAAAAUCCGUCCAGGUUGGGAUGGCCCAAGCAAAAAAAUCUGGCGACGACAAGAAAAUGGCGGCGAUGGCAUCGAAGGCAAAGAAAAUUGAGCGCGUAGGGGUAGAAGUGAACGACAAAGGGCAUCGGUUCAGAAUCUCGAAGGACCGGCAAGGUUAUUACGAAGGUGUUCGGGAUGAAUAUGCUACGAAACUCGCCGAGCAAGCACCCGACUGGGUCCAUGAGUGGCGGUUCAGCGACCCGGCUCCUUUGAGACAGGCCGGUCCGCUGAUUCAGGUGGAGAAGGCUACAAUUUCUUACGGAAAGGCCUUGCCACCCGUAUUGUCCGAUUGCACCCUCAGCAUCGAGCCGACAUCGCGUAUCGCCAUCAUCGGUGGAAACGGAGGCGGCAAGUCAACUCUAAUCAAACUCCUCGUCGGUGAUCUUCCACCCACGCGGGGCUCCGUUACCCGCCAUCCUACCGCCAAAGUCUCCUACUUCUCUCAACACCACGUCGAGGAACUGCGCAACAACCACCCACCAGAAGCAACACCCAUCGACGCUCUCUUUGCUCUGUACAAGGAAAAAUCCGCAUCCCUCCUCCUCGACGAUCCGCUCUCCGCCGCACACGACCUGCCCAUCUCUCAACCCCUCAUGCAGCACAUCCGCGGCCAUCUCGGCUCCUACGGCGUAGGUCCGCAAGCCACCGCACCCCUACGGUCACUCAGCGGUGGGCAGCUCGUCAGAGUGGCAUUAGCCGCAUGCACUUUCGUACCCGACAGAUCCCUCUCCCCUCCGCACCUCCUCAUUUUCGACGAGCCGACCAAUCACCUUGACUUCCUGACCGCCAACGCUCUUGUGGAAGCGCUGAAUGAGUUCACGGGCGCGUUUAUCGUGGUUUCGCACGACCAGCAUUUUGUGAAGAGUGUGGUAGAGCCCCAUGAUGUGUUCCUUGUCGGCGACGGGAAGCUUAGGCGGUUGGAGAAGGGGGUUGAUGAGUAUGUGAAGAUGCUGGGGAAGAAGAAGAAGAGUGUUGCGAAGUGAUGAACGCUAGACUUAUAUAGCUAGAGUGACUUUUUUUUUUUGGUGUGAAUAGGUGAUUUUUAGACCAAAAGCCGCGAGCCAAAUACUUUGAUUGAAGGAGGCAUCGGUAGUGAAUCUGUUGAUCCCGUCUGGCGUCCUCGGAGAACGC